AUGGCUGACGAUGCUGGAUUUGACGUGGACGAUAUGCUCGAGAAUGCACUGGAGUCGAAAUCAUCAGAGACAGUGAGCAGCGACACUAAAGAAACAGUGACCGCAGAGAAGGAUAAGGAGAACGGUUCAUCAAAGAAGAAAAAGGACAAGACUCGGAGCAAAAGUCGAUCGAGGUCGCGAAGCCGUGAUCGUAAGAAGCGUAAGCGCAGUUCUAGCCGCGACAGGAAACGUAGCUCGAGCCGUGAUCGUCGCCGUCGUCGUAGUCGUUCGAAAUCUCGUGAUCGUAAGCGCAGCCGAAGCAGGGACCGCAGAAGGAGCGAAAGAAGCAGAUCGCGCGAAAGGAGACGCUCCAGGUCUCGUUCGCGUGACCGCCGCCGUUCUUCGCGGGAUCGUCGUCGUGAUCGGGAUCGGGAUCGCGAUCGUGAUCGUCGUUCCCGAUCACGCCCACGCGUUAUUGACCAUCGUGACCGACGUUCACCCAUGAGAAGAUCGCCACCGCCGCGAAAUCGUCUUCCUGGUCCGGAACGACGGGAUGUCAUGCCAUUCACAGCACGUAAUUCACCGCCACGCGGUGCUAAGCUAGACAUGAGUGCAGAAGAAAGGGACCAGAGGACUUUGUUCAUUUUACAGAUUGCCAGACAAACCCGACCGCGUGAUCUCGAAGAAUUCUUCAGUGCUGUGGGCAGUGUGCGCGAUGUGCGAAUUAUUACCGAUUCACGUACGGGACGAUCAAAGGGAAUCGCCUACGUCGAGUUUUGGGAAGAAGAAAGUGUCCCUCUUGGAUUGGCUCUUAGUGGGCAGAAACUCUUAGGUGCUCCUCUUGUGAUUCAACGUACAUGUGCUGAGCGUAAUCGUGCGGCCAAUGCAACUAUUGGCACUUCCCUUGGCUUUGGUCCAGCUCCCUCUAAGGGACCCUGCAAGCUUCAUGUGCAGCAAUUACAUCCCAACAUCACGGAGAGUAUGCUCGAUGGAAUUUUCGAUGCCUUUGGACGUGUCGAGAAGAUCGAGAUAGUUAAAGAUCCUGCUGGAAACAGUUUAGGCUAUGGUUUCGUAACGUUCAAAUUAACUGAGGACGGCCAGAAAGCAAUGGAACAGCUGAAUGGAUUUGAAAUUGCUGGAAAACCUAUCAAAGUUUCGAUUAUCGAUGAAGAUGAGGACUCGAUACGGCAACGAAGCUUGGAUGAUGUUGCUGAUGAAAAACAAGGUCUAGCUCUUGGACAAGGAGGACGUAUCCAACUUAUGGCUAAGCUUGCAGAAGGUACGGGAAUUGAAUUGCCACAAGCCGCCCAGCAGGCACUCCAGCAGCAAGCUGUUGAUCCCACGAUUCCUGCCAUAGCUACCCAAUGCUUUAUGUUAUCGAACAUGUUUGAUCCUCGAACAGAAACCCGUCCUACAUGGGCCGUGGAAGUGCGGGACGAUGUCAUUGAAGAAUGUUAUAAGAACGGUGGAGCGCUCCAUGUUUACGUGGACACAGCUAGUCCACAGGGUAACGUGUAUGUGAAGUGUCCAUCAGUGGCCAGUGCCCAUAAAAGUGUUUCUGCAUUACAUGGACGGUGGUUUAGCGGAAAGGUCAUUACUGCGAAUUACGUACCGGUGUCUUCCUAUCAUGAAUUGUUCCCUGAUGCAGUCAUUGCUCGCAAUAUCCUAACCCCAAAACCUCAGGAAGCGACAGCUACUGCUCCAAUGUCGAGCUUCACUGUGCCGCCUCCUCCAAUGUCCGGUUACGGUGCACCUCCUCCUCAGCCAGGAUUUUACUGA